UGCGGUUAUCGAUUCACACGUAUGUUAUUCAUAUGGGGUGCGGCUUUUAACGAGUGGGAGAAUCUCGUUGACCAAAUUUACUAUAAUGAUACAUCUUCACAAUUUUGGGUAAGAUGAAGGCAAAGUUGUGGAAGCUCGUAUUGGUCGGCCUGCUUGUGAUCUGUGGCAUAACAGCGUAUGGAGCGGCCCAGAUGGUUCCUACCUCCAAUCCUGGACUCGUAAGUGAAGGAACACCGACCGUCUCAAGCCAGGGAAAAGAAGAGAAUGCCACAAGAUAUACGGACUUGGAAGGCCUUUGGGUCGGUUGGUUCAUGUGUGGAAACAAGAAUUUCUCCUUUGAGAUGAACAUAACUGACUCUGAUGAUUUGGACGGGGUAAUAAAAUUUGACGGCCCGGGCAAUUCAGGGGCCCAUUAUUUGAAUGGGCUAGCAUCAGACAACGAUCUUAUAUUCAGUUUUGGAGAUUGGAUCAGUGAGGGGACCUAUCGAUUAACAGGCUCUGGAUCUAUGUCUGAAGAUGGCUUAACUUUGAGGGGUGCUAUUGCCGGUGAUUGUGAAUCGGAACCCAGAACACUUUACGCUAAAAGAUAUUUAGGAGAACAUACGAUUGUGGGAAAUCCUCUGGAUCCCUAUGUACCAGCCCUCUAUGUUGGGAAUAAUGAAGAAAAUAACUACAUCAUUGUCCUUGACAAUAAUGUCUUUGGAGAUGGUGUCAUGACGUCAUUUGCAGCUCGUUUCAUCAACACAAACCCAGUGACAGUAAUGGUCGUGAGGCCAGAGUCGGGUUCAAGCAAGAACUUCGAAAUCAUACACAGCUUCGUCUUCACACCAAAGAACUUAACAGAAUAUGGGACAAUCCAGGGAAUUACCCUCACUGAUUGUCCGCUAGUUCAAGAAGGGGACAGACUUGCAUUUACAAAUUUAAAUGGCGGAGAUGGCGGUGGACCUGUAACUUAUAUAGGAGAUAUGAGAUACAUGUUUAAAUGGUUGAGAUAUGAGUACUCACCAACUCAACAAACCCCUGGAAUCGGAGACACAAUAAAUACAUCAAGGAUGAUUCACCAGAACAGAUUUUUUGCCAUGGCCACUUAUGCACCAGAGGUACUUUGCGGCGAGAAUGUUGAACCAGAUAUUGUGACAACUACAAAGCGUCCUACAACAACUACAACAACAACAGAAGCACCAAUAGCCACAACAACCAGCCAAUCUGCUGCAGAAAAUACAACCACCCCAGUAGCCACUAGAACAACAACGGAGACAACAACCACAGCGGAACUCGAUUCUAAUGUUACAACUACCCACAAUUCGCCUCUCACCACUCCGACUCAAGUUCCUUCUCCGGUUGUUCCUACCAUGUCCCCUGACCCAGGUCCUGAUGGGGGAGGAGAUAAUGGUCAAUGUACGGUGAUAUCAAAUCUUAAUGUUAAAUGCGAGUCUUCUCUUUCUAACCCAAAUGGCCAGAGUUCUGACAAGCCAUGGGAGAUUCCAGCUAGAGACUGUACAGAAGUAUUGGCAAAAGGUGCAACAGAAAGUGGACCAUAUUUCAUAAGACCAUAUUUUGGCUCAACUGUCAGCCCUGUUACAAUUCAGGUUUACUGUCAUUUCGAAGAUGGCAAGGCCUGGACUACAGUUCUGCGAAGAUUAGAUGGUGCUAUAGACUUCUCAGAAUGUAAACUUGAUGGAGGCUGCCUUGAAGAAGGUACCGGACACUAUUCCUACGAAUACUGGAUCGGACUGAACAAAUUACACAUUCUCACUCAGGAUAAACCAUACAAGUUGAGAGUUUCUAUGGAAACGUUUUCAGGCUCAAGAGUAUUUGCGGAAUAUUCCGUUUUCUGGUUAAAUAAUUAUGCAAAUUAUCGUCUACAUGUCGGAGGGCAUUCUGGGGUAGCUGGUGAUUCCCUUGGAUUGCAUAAUAGGUUCAGGUUUACAAGUGCAUGUCGGGAUGUCGCUGGACAAGUAGGAUGGAUAGAAAAGGCUGACGGUAGUUGUGAGACACAUGCGAAUCUGUUUGGUCCUUACUCCUCCGAAUGCGGAGAGAAUAACGAAUGUAUUUUCUGGGAUACCAUUCCACUUGACCCCAAUGGCAAUAAUAGGGCAAUUAAAACGUUGGAGGUGAAAAUAACACCCAGUUAAUUGAAAAUGUCUUUAUCAAAAAGUAUACUUUAAUAAGUUACCAAAAAUCGUAGUUUUGCAAUAUUCAAUAUUAGUAAUAAUAACGAAGACCUCUAUUGUAUUUCAAAUCAACGAACUGUGAUUUAACCUGUUAUACCAAACACUAUCACACCGUACUACUUGCCAAAUAAAUUAAGUGCAUUACAUGGGCAUGCGAAAAGCGGAACUUCCAAUUGGUUCAUUAUGGCAAAUGGAAGAGUUGGAGUGCUAAGUCUUGAAAACAUUCCUGAGUGUUCUAACGUAAAUAUAUAUAUAUAUAUUUACUUGUGGAUUGUAAAAGAUCGUUUCCAAAACCAUAUAUCCUGAAGUGUCAUCUCAUUAUAAAUCAUGAUGUAGAGUUUUAACUGUGAUUACUUUGGCACCCACUUCAUCAUAAAAUAUUGUUCCAUUUUCCAUUUCCAUCCCAUUUUACUUCGUAGAUGCAAAGGACGAACGUGUAAAUGUUUAUAUAAUACGGUACAUACAGGGUGAGCCAAAGAAUACAAGUCUGAAGAUUUGUUAACCAUGCCAUGUAUUCAUUUUAAAGAUAAAUGAUUUUCUAACAAUAUGGAACAUCCGAUUGAAAAACCUUUGUUUUUCUGUGGAGUCUCAAAUUGACACAGGGGAUGUCAUGAGCGACCGAAAAGUAUUCAUUGCGGAUUUCCAAAUUGUGGAAAUAGAGGAAAAUUUGUAUAUCGGCACCUUCAAAAGAGGUACAUUUAUUCAAGUUUAGUGCAAAAUUCGCCUAUAAUAGAUAUAUAUUUUGAAUCAACUACCUAUUGUACAUUACUCUUAAAUAAAUUUAUGAUGAUCCAGUCAAG